CUGGUUUCGGUACGGCAGCAGCAGUCGGAAUUAUACUGUCGGCGCUGUUGGUGUUUGUAGUGGCGGAGGGAUUUUGUUGCUGGGUCUGCAGACGACGCUGAGAGGGGAAGCGGGCGGAGUGGCGGGCUGCCUGUUUGCCAACGAGCCCGGGCUUCCUUAAGCCUGUGUCUUAUUCUCCCCGCCUAGCAGAGCUCGUCGCCCACAGACACGCAACAGUAUUGGAGCACAGUGUCAAGAACGUGAAGCAAAAUGGACUGGAUCUGACAUUUAGCCCUGUAUGCAAGGAGUUAGGAUGAAUUCCUGCAGAGCAGGGCUCCACAGGGAACCACUGAAAUCCACCCCGUUUGCAUACCAACAUGUCAAGAGGGCUUCUGGAAUGCAUUUAAAGCCAUAUCAUAAGUUGCAGAAAAAAGAAUUGUUCCUUGAAAUUCGAUCAAAUCGAGGCAUGCAUCUCAACAACCAAGGCUCUGCUAAUCAAGAAAAAUAUAAUGGCGCUACUAAGAGUUGUUUACCCUCCGCUGAAAACCAAGCUCGAAGGCCACUUGGAGCGAUUUCGCAGAAUACUAUGUGCAAUACAGUAAGCAAUAGCCCAGCUACCAGUUUUAAGUGUAGGGCUAAGAAUGUCCCAUCGGCAACAAUUCACCAGGGUGAGGAAGAUGAGGGUUCAUUGGAUAUAUGUGCAAUUAUCAAGCCUGGAAAUACAAAGGAGAAGAUAGCCUUCUUUGCAGCUCAUCACUGCACUAACAAUAAGAGCAGCUCCAUGAAAAUCAAAAGUAGUGGGGAUAUGAAUGGUAGGGCUGCCAAAAGGAGAAAAAAGUCUGUGGAUCUGAAGCGUAUAAAGAGCCAACUGGAAAAGAUGCAAGAGGCACAUAAAAAAUGCUUCUUGCCUGAACCACUUCACAAUGGAGUUGAUAACUGCUCUGUUAAUUUUGUCACAGGUGGUGAAGGAAUUCUUCCAAGCAGACCACUUUCUGUAAUAGAGAUGGUAGCCUUUUUAGAGCAAAGAGCAAAUACGUUACUUUCUGCUAAACCUUUCACCAAUUACAAUCCUUCAAGAUUUACCAGCACCUCUAAGUGUGCUAUUCCUGCCUCCGUGUCCUUAUUGACGCUCCGAACCUGUGAAAGACAAACGGACAAAGACUCCUCUGAGAAGACUGAACAACUAGAAUCUGUGUGCGUGUUGGAGAUGGUUGCUAAACUAGAGUCGGAAUGCUUGAGGCACCAGAAUGAACGUGAUUCUGGCAGCCUGUCAAGGAGCAAUAGCUUUAGAAGGAAUGUCGGACGAAUGUUGCUAGCAAGUGGCUCUCAACAGGACAACAGCGACUCUCAAAAUGUCCCUACUGCAGGCAGCGAAACCGAUGCAAACGUUGCAGCUUCUUCCAUGGAAGACCAAAUCCCUCCCAACAAGGAAGAACAUUUAGUUGUAAAAUCAUGGGAAAAUUGUCUUCAAAUUAAGCCUCACGAAAUGGAGUCCAUGCCGCCUGCAGGCGAUACCUGUGUGGGAAACGUAGACCUGGAACUUGUAAGGGAAACCUAUAUGAAAAUUAGAAAUAGGUGUGAUAUUGCUGUGUCUGUGAACCCUUGCACGUUUUCUUUCUCUCUCCGUAUAAAUGCAGUCGAAUGUGGCCCAGAUUCACCAGAGACUCCCAGUGGGAAUACUCGUGCAGCCGAAGAAAGUGUGGGGAGCUUUGAUAGGCUUUCUGACUCCUGCGCUGAGGCUGCUGAUAUAUUGAUGCAUACAUUCUCUGAUCAGGAAGUAGAGUGCACACAAGAUAAAGCUUUAAUUUUACCAGGGGAUCCGUGCCCUGGAACCUUAUUUUUUCAGUGUGAUCAAAGUGGCCAGAAUCAUGCACGUGUACAACUGAAUGCGGAGGUGAAGUCCCAAGCAGAGGUCUUAAAAGCAAAUGCAUUUGACAGUGCUCUGCGCUUACAGAAUAGCUCAUUUACUGCACAAUAUGCUGUUUCUGUAUCUCCGCUCGAAAGCGAAUCUCAGGUACUUGACACCUCUGUAAAGAGACCAGUGUCUCACGGCUUUUUAGAGACCAGAUUCAAAAUCCAGCAGCUCCUGGAGCCGCAACAGUACAUGGCUUUCUUGCCACACCAUAUUUUAGUUAAGAUUUUUCGAUUUCUUCCGACAAGAACCCUGGCAGCUUUAAAAUGCACUUCUUGUUACUUCAAAUUCAUCAUUGAACAUUAUGACAUUCGACCUUGCGACUCUCUCUGGGUUCAGGAUCCGCGUUACAAGGACGAUCCUUGCAAACAGUGCAAAAGAAAGUAUGCAAAGGGGGAUGUUUCGUUAUGCUGGUGGCACCCUAAACCUUACUGCCAAGCAUUACCUUACGGGCCUGGUUAUUGGAUGUGCUGCCACAUGUCUUAUAAAGAAAGCCGUGGCUGUAAGGUUGGGCUUCAUGACAAUCGCUGGGUGCCUGCUUGCCACAGCUUUAAUAGAACCAUUUGCAAAAAAUCGAAAGAAUCGGAAUCGGAAGAAGAUUAGUGUUUUUUGUUUGUAAUUUGUCUUGCCCUGUGCUGUUUACAUUGUACAUAAUCAUGUCUUUUCACAGGGCCACUAAACUGCACAUUGUCUAACACAAGAGCCUUUACCUUUCACUUCAACUGGAUAUUUAGCCCUUUAAUGUAAAUAACGUUAAAAAAAAAAGAGAUGUACAUAUAAGAUCUGCUGUUUGCUGACCACAACGUAAUCUUUGCAAUGGAGCUCCGGUAGUUUUGUGGCUACAAGUAUGCGUGGUGUGUGUCGUAUUUUUUUUUUUAAGUGUUGAAUCUGUAUAAUAUGUUUCUUAAAAGAAACUCUAAAUAUAUAGGGCUUUGAGCAUUUAAAAGGUUUAUUAUUGGUUUAACUGGACAAAAUUCUAAUCAGACUAGCACUGGUGUCUGAAAUACUGUGACAAGUGAAUAAAAUGUUGAUUUAUCGUAUAGUGACCGAGUGUAUGGAGGAAAUUGUCUGGCUUCACUUCAAUAAAUUGUGCAUCUGAAAUCUGUCUCCCUGCUUUUGGUUUUGUAGUUGUAAUUGUUUGUUCGUUUGUAUCGAUUCUUCACUUUCUACUGUGGUAUUUAUAAUGUGCAAUCCUAUAUGUGUAUUUGGGUUUUAUGUAGUUUGCUUUUAUCUGGGGCCAGUCUAAAUUGUAUUGGGAAUGGAACACUUUUUAAAUCUGUGCUUGCACUUUUUCUUAUCGUUUUGUUAUGGACAGGAAUACCGACCUGAUCAGAAACCGCAAGAACUGGAUUUGCCUGUGUUUAGAGAUGUGUUUAGACACAAUCCUACAGCUAAGCCCCAGAAUUUGUCCACAUUUAUUCUUUAUGUGCUUUUUAUGAGGAAUGUAUUGUUUGGAUUGUUGGAGUCCG